UUGUCUUUUUGAGCGGCAUUUGAUAGGCUCCACGUUAACAAAUAUGUGACAAAGUCCUUUCCUUUCAUUUUUUGAUUCGUUCACCGCAUAGUCAUUACUGGAAAGUCAAGUUAGCAGCAAGCUAGGUCAGGAGCCGGAGGACCGAGUCACUGAACGGGAAGUGACAAAACUCAGUCUUGCCCCCCUGCCUGCACGCUGGCUGCUUAUUGGCCACACGUGGAAGUGGGUGACAUACGCCCUGAUUGUGUUUCCGGUCCCUCCCCUGCCCGCGAUGAGGCUGGCGUCUGAUUGGUCGUGUGCGAUGUCAGAAGACGCUGCCGCUUGCUCAACGCCCUCCCACGCAGUGAACAAGCACCAACUUCAUAGAACGAAUCAGUGCAGAUGGUGAUUAGUUCGGUCUCGGUCACCCAAACAAUUCGUUCAAAAAGAACGAAUCGUUCGCGACCGAUACAACACUAGCAGGCUGGCAGCCUGGCAUCUAAAACCGAAAGUAGUGUGAUAAUCGCCUCGUUUGUCUAUCACGGUUUGUCUCAUCUUGUUUCCUUUGCGGUCAGCUUGUGACAGCUUUCCCGGCGGCAUUCCUUGGUUUCUUCGGUCUUUUCGCAAAAGAGGGAAGUGAACAUGGAGAUCGAGAAGGAAGUGAAGAAGAUGACACUUGGGCACGAGUUUGGUGCGGGCGCCGCCUGCCUUAAGUGUAAAGACAAGUGUGAGGGCUUUGAGCUUCAUUUCUGGAGAAAAAUCUGUCGUAACUGCAAGUGUGGGCUCGCAGAGCACAAUGUGCAGAUGAACUCUGAGGAGAACAAAAAGGUGGGGAAGCUUUUUGAGGACACCAAGUACACUGGCCUUAUAGCAAAACUGAAGACGGAUGGUGUCCCUGUGUACCGUGGCAAUGCCAUCACCAUCACACUGGGCGGCCCCGCCAUGGCUCACACAGUGUUACCGGGCACCGCUGCUGCAGCUGUACCUUAUGUUGCUACUGCCAAUGCAGGUUUUGUCCCACCUGCUACAGCAUCACUUGAUAAGGUGUCCGGUGGCAUCCAGGCAGUCUCAGGAAGCAUAGCGCCCGGUGGCAUCCAGGCAGUCCCAGGAAGCAUAGCGCCCGGUGGCAUCCAGGCAGCCCCAGGAAGCAUAGUGCCCGGUGGUAUCCAGGCAGCCUCAGGAAGCACAGCGCCCGGUGGUAUCCAGGCAGCCUCAGGAAGCACAGCGCCCGGUGGCAUGCAGGCAGCCUCAGGAAGCACGGGGUUCGGUGGUGUCCAGGCCCGGCCUGCACUUGCUAGCGUCGCACCCCUCAAAGCGAACGCAGCCAGUGUUUCUGUUGUUUCCAAUACAGCCAACGUACUGCCGGUCAACAAUGACACGCCUCUCAAGUCUGUCACGUAUGAGUGGGCUCCCCCUGUUGCCAAUAAAUAUGUGGCUGUGCGCUACAUUGAGCUCCUUCCGCCUGAGAAGCGGCCUGUGAUGGGCACAGAAGGCGCCGCUUACCGCCGGCAGCAGAUGGCCCGCCAGCUGCCUGAGCACGACCAAGAUCCAUCUAAGUGCCACGAGCUGAGCCCGGCCGAAGUCAAGAAGAUGCAGCAGUUUGUGCGCAAAUACAAGGAUGAGGCAUUGGGUGUUGGCGACGUGAUGCUGCCAGAAGAGAUGGUUCUAAUGCAGGCGGCAGCGGGUCAGGGUGGACCAGGAAGAGCUGGAGGUACUAAAACGGCAGGGCCAGAAGCACUGGGUCUCAAAGGGGUCGCUGCAGCUGGAGCUGAAGCGGCCGGGUCCAAGCCAGUUAGUGGUGCUGUUGGUACCGCAUCCACUGCCGGAGCCAUGGCCACCUCAGGAGCCCCACAGCAAAACUUCUCAUGUCGCCGCUGUGAUCAGCCCAUGCGUGUCGGUGACCCGGCUGUAUACGCCGAGCGGGCCGGCUACGACAAGCUGUGGCACCCGGCCUGCUUUGUGUGCUGCACCUGCGAUGAGCUCCUAGUAGACAUGAUCUACUUCUGGAAGCGUGGGAAGCUCUACUGCGGACGCCACUAUGGCGACAGUGAGAAGCCGCGCUGUGCUGGCUGCGAUGAGCUUAUCUUCAGUAAUGAGUAUACUCAGGCUGAGGGCCAAAACUGGCACCUGAAGCACUUCUGCUGCUUUGACUGUGACCUGGUCCUGGCAGGAGAGACAUACGUGAUGGAGCAGGACAAGCCCGUCUGCACGCCCUGCUACAUGAACAACUAUGCUGUGAAAUGCUCAGGAUGCGGUGAAGCGGUGGAACCCGAAGCUCAGCGUGUCUCGUACGGUGCGCACCACUGGCAUGCGGCACCACAAUGCUUCAAGUGCUCUGGCUGUGCCAAAGUUCUGAUAGGCCAGCGCUUCAUGGCGGCGCAAGACAAACUCUUCUGCUCAGUCGAAUGCAAAAGGAAUUGCGCCACCUAAGUGCCUAUUUCAAGACACCAGCCGUGAAUUCCAGGUAGCGGUGUGGUCUUGAAGUUAACGGAAUGUAUGAGUGCCUUAAAGUCUGCACUUUUUUCUAUUCAGGUCUCAGUCGUAUAACUACUGAUUUACGCAACUCCAUUAGGUUGUAUCAUUAAAUGACUGAAUCUUUGUUUUGUUCAUAGCUGACCAUUUUAGGCUUAUUUUCUUUCCACGGGUCCUAAGACUUGGAAAUUGGGUGACAUUAAAUUGGUGACUCACCACCAAAUUAACACAAGACAUUUUUUCAAAUAAUUCAGCCCUUGAAGCCAGUUGCCCAUAGCGGCAUGAAAUUUGGUAGGCAUGUCUAUUAUAAGUAGACCCUUGUAAAAGUCUCAAGAACACAUGUCUGGAAAGACUCAGGACAGCAACCAUUUUUAUUUUUAAGCAGCCACUUUUGGUUCCGUGUGCAGACACAACCUUAAAUAGAUUUAUUAAAAGCCCCUAAAACAAGUUACUCAUAUAUUGUAGCAACAUUAGAUUUAGUUGGUUUGUCUGUCAUAAGUAGACAGGGGUUUGACGCAACCAUUUCAGACUGUAUUCAACCAUUUCAAGCAUUCCUAUACAGACAAACUCCUCCUUUUAGUUUUUUUUUUUUUACAAUUGUUACCAAGUUUGAAAUGCAGAACUAGAGAGAUGGAAAAUGCAAAAUUUGAAUGACCUUUGAAUUUUCGUCAUCAUAUGCAAGUAGAGCAUUGCGGCAAAGUUGGCCACUCCCCAUUUGGAUCAAGCAUCCCAUAAUUUUGUAAAAAUUCUACCUCGGAAACAAUGUCGCCUAACAUGCUGAAAUUGAAUUGGCAUAUGUAUGAGAUGACCGACAAAAAAAGUCUCCAGUGGCUAUUCACUAAAAUAUUUCAGCUCAAAAACCUUUGCAAUACAAAAUGUUGUCUUUUUUUCCACUAAAUUGCAUUAAACUUUUUGUUGUUUGUUUCUUUUC